AUGGCUGGUGCAUCAAAGUCUAUCCUUCUCCGAGGUGGUCGUGUCCUAAUAUUCGACUCGGAGAAGAAUGCGACAUUUCCAACACUUGAUAUACUCGUGGAAGAUACUAUCAUAUCGAAGAUUGCCCCGCUCGUUGCGGUAGGACCAAACACCCAGGUCAUUGAUGCAACCGGGAAAAUUGUUUGCCCUGGGUUCGUCGAUAGCCAUCGUCAUCUCUUCCAAUCUCACAUAAGAACUUCAGUCGCGAACCAAACCCUGCUAGAAUAUUGCGGACAUCUCCUCUUGGGUAGAGUCACAUUCUAUAAACCGCACGAUGUCUACCUGGCCCAGCUAGGUGCAGCAACCGAAGCAAUCCAUUGCGGAGUUACCACGGUGCUCGAUCAUUCCCACAUUCAACUAUCUGAAGAGCAUAUCGCACAAUGCAUCAAGGCCAGCAUUGAGUCUGGAAUUCGAAGCAUUUACUGUUUCGCACCUUAUGGUUUGCCUGAGAGUAUCAAUCCCUUGAAGUUCUCCGACAAGCCGCACGAACUUCACCAGCAGCAGCUAGAUUUAUUCUAUAAGCUGUCCGAACAGUCUCCCCUUGGCAGUUCUAAAAACGAUGGGCGACUAACACUCGGGAUUGGCUAUGAUGGCAUCGAAUACCGUCCAGUUGAAGACACGAAAAAGCUGUUGGAAUUUGCCCACGGUCGAAAGUAUCCAAUCACAUUUCAUGAUUGCCAUCGCCACGGCAUGUCUGCCAUGAAAUUUCUACAAGAAAACAAUCUCUUAUCCGAUACUAUGGUGCUAUCCCAUUUCAACUUUCCCUCAGAGGAAGAUUUUGCUGCGGCAAAAGCGCACGGGGUAGGCAUAUCUUCUACGCCAGAGUCUGAGAUGCAAAUGUCACACGGGUGGCCUGAAGCAUUCCCAGCUAUGAGGUAUGGUUGUAAGACCGGUCUCGGUGUUGAUUCAAGCGCGAUUUGUAGUGGAGAUUUAUUUGCUGCAAUGCGCAUCUGCUUGCAAACACAGAGAGCUCGCGACAACCAUGAAUUAGCUUCUCGGAACAAGAUUCCAAAGCGACUUCGAGCAACGGUAGACCAAGUACUCUACAUGGCCACCUUAGGUGGGGCAGAGGCGAUCCAUCUGGAUUCGGAGAUUGGGAGCAUCGAGGUUAGAAAACGAGCAGAUAUUGUUGUUAUAAGUACUGACUCGCCUUGCAUGGUUGCUGCAAGCGAUCCUGCUGCAGCGCUGGUCUUGCAUGCUUCGCCUUCCGAUGUUGAGUCUGUUAUUGUAAAUGGGGAAAUGGUGAAGGAGAAUGGCAAGCUGUUGAAGGUUGAUUGGCCAAAACUGAAGCAUGAGUUAGUAGAAAACAUGAAGGAACUGGAAGCUCGUUGGAAAGGUGUGGAUUGGAGUUGGAAUACAGAUGAGUUAGCGGAGGCAUGGUAUAUGACCGACAAAUUAGAGUAG